ACCCACCCAUUAUUCUUGUGGGUGGUGGUGACCGCAUGGCCUCAGUGUCAACAGAUAAAUCACAGCUGUUGAAUGUGUUACAGCAACCAGAUCGAUGGGCACAAAGCCAGCAAUCACAAUCACAUCUUCUUCUGUGUUUCUCACUGAAACGAACUCAUUCAGGACCUGCUGAAAACAUUUUAUACAAUUAACUUGAUUCCUUUAUAACCUGUUUUCGAGUCGCUUUAACAAAGAUUUUAUAAUGAGUCACGUGCUGCUGCAUUCAUUCUCUUCUGGGAAAAGCUACGUAAUGCCACUUGAAUGCUGAUUGGUCAAUCCAUGGACAUCAGGACGUAUUUAAGCAUCCUUAAAUCCACCACUGACACCUCUGAAUGCCCGUUGACCAGCUCAGGUCCUCUCCAGUGACAAACAUGGGGUUGUGUGCUGUAAUCUUUUCAGCUCUUCUGCUGAGUGGAUUUUGCCGAGGAGGACCAGCCACUUUAACACCACAGUCAGGUACCUGCUGGGUCAUGGGCAACCUCCACCACACCUUUGAUGGCCAUUAUUACACCUUCAUGGGCAACUGCUCCUACACUGUGGCCAAGAACUGCCAUGUUAGUGGGACCCUCCCGGCCUUCGAGGUGGACACAAAGAAUGUGAACGAGGGCAACACACAGGUGCCAUCGGUCGGGACGGUCACCAUCAAUGUCUACGGGAUCAAUAUUGACAUAGUUCGCUCUGAGCUGGGUAUUGUGCGGGUGAACUACCAACAAUGGACUCUCCCGAUCAACUUGAACAGCGGCCAGGUGAAUAUCUUCCAGAAAGGCCUCUUGGUCGUCAUCCAGACAGAUUUCGGCCUGACCGUGCAGUAUGACUGGAGCGAGUACCUCACCGUCACACUGCCGGGCAGUUUUGCUGGCAGUGUGUGCGGCCUGUGUGGCAACUUCAACAACAAAAAGGAAGAUGAUCUCACGACUCCUAGCGGUUCAGUGGCCAGCAGCGGGGCCGCGCUGGGACAGAGCUGGAGGGUUCCCGGUGGCACAGACGAUGCCUAUUGCCAGGACCAAUGUGUCGGCCAGUGUGAAAGCUGUCCUCUCAGUCAAGUUCAGAAAUUAGAGAAUCAGAUCUUCUGCAACGCCCUUUUGCAGGACUAUGCCGAGCUCGUCGGAUGUCAACCUGACAUUGACGCUGAUGUCUUUCAAAGCAGCUGCAUGCUCACCCUCUGCAAGGGUGAAUCUGCGAACACGUAUCUCUGCAGCAGUCUUCAAGGCUUUGCUGAUAUCUGCCAGAUGUCUGGGGCCAAAGUUCCCGGUGACUGGAGGACAUCUACACAAUGCCCUACACCCAAAUGUCCAGAAAACAGCCACUAUGAGUUCUGCGGGAGCGGCUGUCCCGCUACAUGUGCAAACACUCCCACAAAAUGCAACGCCACCUGUGUGGAGACGUGUGCCUGUGACGACGGCUUUGUGCUCAGUGGUACGCGGUGUGUCCCCAAGGCGCAGUGCGGCUGCAUGUACCAGGGUCACUAUGUGGAGGCCGGAGCCUCCUUCUUCGCUGGACAGAGCUGUAACUAUCGCUACUCCUGCUCCGCCGGUGGGAGCUUGUCUUCUGAGCUGACGAGCUGCCAGGCUGGGCAGCUGUGCCAGGUGCUGGAGGGGAUGAUAGGGUGCUAUCCUGUCAACUACGCCACAUGUACGGUGUCCGGUGAUCCACAUUUUGUGACCUUCGAUGGGGAGCACUACAACUUCCAGGGCACCUGUGCAUACGAGAUGGCUGGCGUCUCCAAUCAAACCACCCUGGAACAAUUUAGCGUUGUGUUGCAGAACAACGGUCAAGAUAACAAGAUCGGGUCUGCUGUGAACCUGGUAGAAGUCAGUGUGUACGGAUACGCCAUCGUCAUCAGCAAAAACGACCCUGGCACUGUUGUGAUCAAUGGUGAGCUCUCCAACCUCCCUGUGAUGCUCAACAACAACACACUCCAUCUUUACACAAGCGGCUGGUUCGCUGUUAUCGAGACCGACUUUGGAGUGAAGUUUUACUACGACUGGAACAGCGUAGCGUUCCUCAUCGUUCCCAAUACAUACAUGGGCGUUAUGCAGGGUCUCUGUGGCAAUUACAACCUCAACCCCAAAGAUGACAUGCAGAUGAGCGACGGGAAACAAGCCACGACUCCUCAGGAGCUCGGUCAGAGCUGGAAAGUCGCCACGAUCCCUGGCUGCGUAGAUGGCUGCAGCGGGCCCUGCCCCGGCUGUAACGCCACUCAGAGGGCCACGUACAACAGCAGCAGUUUCUGUGGGCUCAUCAGCAACCCUGCAGGGCCGUUCCGCGACUGCCACGGCAUAGUCGACCCUGCAGGUUACCUCGACGACUGCCUGUAUGACGUCUGUCUUUACCAGGGCCGUGCGAACAUGCAGUGCAAGACCUUGACUGCCUACGCAGCUGCCUGCCAGCUGAAAGGUGCCACGGUUUACCCCUGGAGGUCAGCCCAGUUCUGCGAUGCCCAGUGUCCAUCAAACAGCCAGUAUGAGCUCUGUACCAGCAGCUGCUUCAGAUCGUGUGCCACAGACACAUCGCUGUCAAACUGUGGAGCUCCAUGCAUGGAGGGAUGUGUCUGUGAUGAGGGUUACCUUAUGAGUGGAGAUGAGUGUGUGCUUGCCAACCAGUGUGGCUGCAUUUAUGAGGACAAAUACUACCAGCAUGGACAGGUCUUCUACCCUGAUACCCUCUGCCAGCAGGAAUGCACCUGUAACGGGACGGUGCAGUGUAAGCAGUCCUCUUGUGGUCCGUAUGAGACGUGUGCGAUGAAGGACUACGUGCGAUCAUGUCAGCCUUUGGGAAAAGGCAUCUGCUCCAUCUCUGGAGAUCCACAUUACAACACAUUUGACAACGCCACCUUCGACUUCCAAGGCACGUGCACCUACGUCGUAGCCGAGGGCUGCCACCUGAGCGGCACCCGCCUCACCCCCUUCUCUGUGGUGGUGGAGAACGAGCCGUGGUAUCGGAUGUCUGCCAAUCCACAGGUCUCAGUGGCCAAACUCGUAGCGGUAGAAGUUUAUGGAAACAUUCUGAUUCUUCGCAGGAAUGAAGUUCGAAUGGUUUGGGUGAAUGGCAUCCUACAUCACCUUCCGCUAAACCUCAACAAUGGUGCAGUGCAGGUUUAUCAGGAAGGGACAAAUGACGUCAUUAUGACCGACUUUGGCCUGAGGGUCACAUAUGAUCUGAUCUACCACAUCACCGUCACGGUCCCCGGAAACUACAGGGGCAAAACCUGCGGCCUGUGUGGAAAUUUCAACAAUGACGCAGCAGAUGAGUUCCAGCUGCCGGACGGAAACGUAACCAAGAACUUGCAGUCGUUCGGAGCGGCGUGGAAAGUGCCCGUGCCCGGAGUGGUCUGUGAAGACGGAUGCAGCGGUGACCUUUGCCCCAAAUGUGACACUUCUGAGAAAGCCGCGCUGGAGGCGAAAUGUGCAGUCAUCACCAAUCCCAACGGGCCGUUUGCUGCUUGCCACGCUGUCAUCGAUCCCAACUCCUACUUCCGAGACUGUGUCUACGAUAUUUGCAUGGCUGAAGGUGAUCAAGACAUGCUGUGUCACAGUAUUGCUGCAUAUAUGUUAGACUGCCAAGACUUUGGUGCGAAGGUCCAAAACUGGAGAAGUCCUUCUUUCUGCCCUUUUACGUGUAGUGCCGGCAGCCAUUAUGAGACCUGUAUGCUGCCUUGUACCUCUACAUGUCCUGGUCUGCCUGACACCAUCACAUGCACCACGAGCUGUGUGGAGGGCUGUGCCUGUGAUAACGGCUACUACUACAAUGGAACUGGCUGCGUGCCCUUGGACCAGUGCAGCUGUUAUUACAACGGCAAAACGUACAAGGUUGGAGAGUCCAUUAUCACCGAUGACUGUCACAGGAUUUCCACCUGUCAGGCCACUGGAGUCGUUGUGUCCCAGAACAUGACAUGUGACCCCAACGAGAGCUGCCUGGUGAAGAACGGCGUGAUGGGCUGCUACAUCCAGCAGUGCUUUUUGGACUCCAAUGGGACUCUCACUGCAUUUAAUGGUGAUAGUGGUACCAUAACAACACCGGGAGUCUAUGAGAUUAUCCAGAACUGUAACCAGUCUCAGACAACAGACUGGUUCAGGCUGCUGGUGAAGUUGGAGAUGUGCACUCCUGGUGUCAACUCAAUUUUGGGCGUGUUUGUGUUCUUUAAUGACUUGAUGAUCACAGUCACCGACAAGCAUGAUGUCUGGAUAAAUGGAAAGGCAAUGACUCAAACCACUUUCUCCCAAAACAAUGUCAAAGUGCUUGUUUCGGACAACACAGUGAGCAUCAGCAGCCCCUCCACCGUUCAGUUGUCCUUCAGUUCAACCAACGAACUUGUCAUGAGUGUCAGUGACAGUGUAGUUGACAUGGCAUGUGGAGUAUGUGGGAAGCUCAGGCCUAUUGACACAACACUACGAGAUCUGAGAGAGAGGCUGCUGGUCUCUUUUCAUGGGCAGAGUAUCACCUUUGCAUCACUGAACUUUGGGCAAUGGCAGGCUCCGGAUUUCCCCCAAUGUGGCGUGUGAAUUUCCGUCGUGCCAACUUCAUUGAUCAGCAUCCUUCUGCACUAAACUGAUGGCAUUAUUGAUUAAUUAAAUUAUUUUGGUUCAGACAGAGAAUCCCAUAUCUAUGUAAAUCUCAUUCAUUCCUACAUUCAGUUAUCAAUCUUAUGAAAAUGUUUGAAUGUUUGUCUUGUCAAACAUCUCUAAUAUGGCCAGUAGCAUAUAUUUUGUGUAAUUGUUUAAGACAAAGCGUUCAACUGUAUUGAUAUUAUACUAACUCUGAAUAAAU